GGUAAAGUUGCCAGGGGUCCUGGGCUGAGAAAGUGGCCAAACCCUCCCACAGCGGGCUGUUUUUUUUUUCUCCCCCUGCUGCACUCUGGGCUGGUUUCUAUUCAAAUGUGGGUCAGGGGUGAGGAAGCCUAACGUCAUAAGCUUUGCAACAUGGCGUCCCGAAGGCUGUGAGAUGAGCAAGAGGAUGGCAAAGAACGCUUGAGGACGGAUCCUACCGAUGUAAUAAGCUUCAGGUGGUGCUCGUGUAGGAAGAGAGAGAGAGAGAGAGAGAGAGAGAGAGAGAAGGAAAGAAGAAAAUAAGGUGGAAAUGGAACUGCCAAAUCAUGCCAAACAACUGCUGCUGCAACUCAACCAGCAGAGAGCCAAGGGGUUCCUGUGUGAUGUUAUCAUUGUGGUGGAGAAUGCACUCUUCCGUGCCCACAAGAACAUCCUGGCUGCGAGCAGCAUUUACUUCAAAUCGUUGGUCCUCCACGAUAACCUCAUUAACCUCGACACAGAGAUGGUUAACCCCUCUGUAUUCAGACAAGUUCUUGACUUCAUCUACACCGGGAAGCUCCUGUCCUCGUCGGACCCGAGCAGUGAGCAGAACUUCAGUGCCCUCUUAACCGCAGCCAGCUACCUCCAGCUCCAUGACCUCGCAGCUCUGUGCAGAAAAAAGCUCAAGCGCAGUGGUGGGAAACCCCUGCCAGGUAAACCCUCCACUCCAGGUCCCCUUAGCCGCUUACGCCUCAACAACCAGCGCCUUUCCACUUCUACCCCAGCUGGCCCCAAAAACCACUAUCCCCCGACCCCUUCCGAUGCUGACCAGCCGCAGCCAGAUGAAGGCCUUCGGGACAAGCUCUCAGACGACGAAAUGUUUGUUGGCAGCUCUGGGAGGAAUGGCAAUGGGGGGAAUGGCAGCAGUAACGGUAACCUCAGCAGUGGAGGAAGUGCUGGGGAGCCAGACCUCGGACUGGAUCUGUCCAAGAAGAGCCCUCCCUCUGCGGGCACAGCCACUGAUGCCCUCAGCCCUCACAGCAACUCCCUGGAGUCCCCUCAAUCUGCCUCAGUAUCCACAACCAACAGUGCCUCACUGGAUGACUCCUCUACCACCCUACCAGGUGUAGACACCUGUGGCUCAGAGACCGCAGAUCUCAACUCCUCUAAAGCCUCAGAGGAAAAUCAAAACCAGCCUGAUGGCCCACCGCCCCAGAAGAAAUCCCGGCAGGGUGCUCGCAAGAACGAAUGGCCGAAGAAAGAGGCGUCAGGGUUGAAGUCUGAAGAUCACGACAAGCCCCUGGUCAAUGGGGUGAUUGUGGGUCAGAAAGACGGCAAGGCCUUUCAGUGUAAAGAUGAGGAAGACGGGGGAGAAAACGGCCAGGACCACACUGACGAGAGCGGGCAAAGUGACGGAGAGAGUGCAGGGGGUCGAGGGGGAACUGGAGGGGGGCACCACAGUGCCAACUACGUGUACCGUCAGGAGGGUUUCGAACCGGCGUUCGGAGACAACCUCUACGUGUGCAUUCCCUGCGGCAAGGGCUUCCCCAGUUCUGAGCAGCUCAACGCCCACGUGGAGACGCACAACGAGGACGAGCUCUACAUCAAAGAAGAGGGAGGGACCUUUGUGAAAGAGGAGGAUGAGGAGGAGGCAGAGGACCUCUCUGCAGCCGUGGGACCCUCCAGCUUUGGCUCCGAAGCGCGUCCGUUCAAGUGCACAGUCUGCAGUAAGAGCUACAAAGACCCGGCGACGCUGAGGCAACACGAAAAGAGCCAUUGGCUGACCAGGCCGUUUCCCUGCAACAUCUGCGGCAAAAUGUUCACCCAGAGGGGCACCAUGACACGCCACAUGCGCAGCCACCUCGGCCUCAAGCCGUUUGCGUGCGAGGAGUGUGGCAUGCGCUUCACGCGCCAGUACCGUCUGACGGAGCACAUGCGUGUCCACUCUGGGGAGAAGCCGUAUGAAUGCCAGCUAUGCGGGGGGAAGUUCACCCAGCAACGUAACCUCAUCAGUCACCUGAGGAUGCACACCUCACCCUCUUAGAAACGUAUCAAGCCAAAGAACUCUGGGAUAUUGAAAAAAAAAAAAAAAGAAACUACCUUUUUUCUUUUUGUUUCUCCAUCUCAACAGCAAUGAAACGCACAUGCACACAUUCACACAUUCACACUCAUAGUUCCCUUCAUAUGAAUUCCAGUUUACGACGUCCCGGCUUAGUGGAUGAUAUUAGCUGUUAGCCACAGUGGGCUCUUGGUGACGAUGGGAACUUGUGGAUUGCAAGGAUCAUGUCGUCAUUUAUAUCAAGCGACGUCUGCUCACCUCUCAGGAGUUCUCGAGGGACGCAUUACUCCCGUCUCUCGCCAAAGUCACAAAGCCAUGGUGGUCUGGCACGACUUGUGGUCUGCAUUGCAAGUCUGUCAAAUGUGAAUUUGGCGACUGAUGUAAUGUCAAGCCCCGCCCUCAACUCAUGCCCCUCAGCCACCUUUCUCUCUUCUACCCUUUUGAGCUUGUUCAGAUUGCCCCUCAAACUGAUCAACUCAGGAGUCCCCUCUGUACUCCAGUGCUAUCUUGACCAAAAACCCAUGCAAACAAUACUGGCAAUAAUUCAGCAAAAAGAUAAUUUUGAACCCUGACAGCUUUAUACCCUUUGUUAUGUUGGUGAUGGGGAUCUGUGUGUGAGAGGAGGGGUAACUGGGGUUGGGACCAUCUCCAUGCUUUAACUGAAAGUCCUGAAAGAAAUGGUGGGAUGACAUUGGAUUAAGUUUUAGUUUUACAGACCACAAAUACUCAAAGUCUCUCUCUGUGGCUGCUCGCAGCGAUACAGGGUGGAUUUUCACUGUUGUCUGUUUUGCCUGCUUGUGCUCCCGGGAAUGAAUCCUGGUUGGAAAGACAAACCCCUUCGAGGUACUUGAUUUACUUAAAGAACUUGUAAUGUUUCAGUGAACGUUUAAACUGGAAAGUCUUGGGAUUU